AUGUCCUUCCCUGAGUCGAAAGAGGCGCCCGGUCGGCCAGAUCUGGUCGACGAGAAGAGUUCAGCGGAAGACGUCGCUGUGCCUGUUGUCGGGUACGGCGACAGCGAAACCCUCGAUGCUUCCCAUGAUGUCUUCAUCACAGGUCACCCAUGGCGAAUCAAAGGCCCAGCGCUUGCUUGUGUACUGCUUAUGACUCUCGGCUCGAACUUCGCAUCAUCCUCUAUCUCUCCUCUCAAGUCUACGCUCAAGAAGCAGCUCGGAAUCAACAACGCGCAGUACGCUGUUCUCGACACGGCCGAUUCCCUCAUCAACACCAUUCUCCCUAUCAUCUCCGGCAUUGCUAUCGAUUAUUAUGGCCCUCUGGCGGGCUCGAUGUACUCUUCUAUCGUCAUCGUCAUUGGCGCCAUUUUGUGCGGCGUCGCAGCUUCUAUCUCGAGCUAUCCUCUGCUCGUCGUCGGUCAGAUCAUACAAGGCUUUGGCUCGACGACAAUCGAAACGGUUCAAAGCAAGAUGUACGCGUUCUAUGCAGUCGGAGGCGGGCUGAUGGGCUUCAUCUAUGGUCUUGACAUCGGAAUUGGACGCGUGUAUAACCUGAUGGGAAAGUUGACGGCCGUGCCUAUCAUGCAAAACCUGGGGUCCUGGUCAUGGACGUUCUGGAUUGGUGCCAUCAUGUGCGCCGUGUCUUUCGGUAUCAACACGGCGUUCUUCUUCUACGAGCGCACAUUCCCGCAAGAGUCUCGAGUGCCCACUGGUCGCCAGGCUGCGAAGCGUGCGAGCGCUGGAAGGACGGUCAGCUUCCGCGAGCGCUUUGAUACGGAGAGGCGUUACAUCGCGAAGGCAGUUCUUGCGCUGCCAGCUGCGUACUGGAUCUUCGUGCUUUCGCAGCUCCUGCAAUCCGGCGCGGUUGGUACCUACUCGUCAAACACGGCUGAUGUGAUCUCCGUUACGCGCAACGCUACGACCGAAGCCGCCGGCUACACUUCGUCCCUCGCGCAAGUCAUCCCCAUCGUCCUUACUCCUGUACUCGGCGCCUUCUUCGACCGUUUCGGUCUCCGAAUGCACUGGGUUACGUUUACGGCCGCAUUAUGGGUCAUCGUCUUCGCCCUGCUCGCCUAUACCGAAGUCAACGCGUUAUGUCCGGUGCUCCUGGGCAGCUUCGCUCUCGCCUUCAAUGCUCUUCCCUGGGCCGCCAUCAUGCCCCUCAUCGUCGCCGACCAAGCGAACCUCGGAACGGCGUUCGGCAUCUACAAAGCCCUGAACAACUGUGGCUCCGUCAUCAUGGACGUAAGCGCCGGUGCAAUCCAAGACCGCACACCGACCGGUAUCCACCAAUACGACCGCGUGUUCGCCUUCAUCAUCGCGAUUAAGUCCGCGGACAUCAUCUAUGGCGCCCUGUACAACCAAUUUGACCGCCAGUUCUUGGGCGGCGUGCUCAUCUCGAGCGACAAAAAGCUGCGCAAGAUGGCUGAGGAGGACGCUGUCGCCGAGCAGCGCUCGAAGGGCUGGCUUGCGCCUAAGCCGAUCGUCACGGCUAUCUCACUGGCCACUGUACUCGCGGCCAUCAUCGUCGCAUGGGUCCUAUACUUGUACUAUUCCGUGUAA